ACACAACGGAAUGGCAGAAGUGGAAGGGAAGCGUAUUGCCAUUGUCGGAGGCGGUUUGGUUGGAGCAUUAGCCGCGUGUUUUUUCGCUAAAAGAGGUCAUCAGGUAGUCGUCUAUGAAUAUCGAUCAGAUUUACGAAUGGAAGAUUCAUCUGGUCAAAGCAUUAAUCUAGCGCUGUCAUUUCGAGGCCGAGAGGCUUUAAGAGCGGUCGAUCUUGAAGAUACUUUGGUAAAACAAAACGCUACUAGCAUGCGCGGCAGAAUGCUUCACGAUAAGAAUGGUAAUCUGAAGGAAGUUCUUUACGAUAAUGUCAAGGGAAAUUGCAUCUAUUCCAUUAACAGGCGAUAUCUUAAUGUGAUUUUAUUGGAUGCCGCGGAGAAAUAUCCAAAGGUGCAAAUCAAUUUCAAUAAAAAACUCGUGGAUGCCAAUUUGGAUAAGGGAAAAAUGAAAUUUUUAAAUGUGAAAACGGGAACGAUAGAAGAUGCAGAAGCUGAUUUGAUAAUUGGCGCGGAUGGUGCGUACUCGAAAGUACGAAAAAUUAUGACUAAAAGACCACUCUUUAAUUACAUACAAACAUAUAUUGAGCACGGUUACGUUGAACUUUCCGUGCCGGCUGGAAAAAAUAACGAGUUUGCGAUGAGCGGUAACAAUCUUCAUAUUUGGCCGCGUGGUGAAUUCAUGAUGACUUCGUUACCGAACAAAGAUCGCACGUUUACUGGCAAUUUAUUCGCUCCAUUUCAUGUGCUGGAAAAACUGAAAACAUCCGUGGCGUUAUUAAAAUUCUACAAUAAGCAUUUUCCUGAUCUUUUGCGGCUAAUCGGCGAGCAAAGAUUGGUGCAACAGUUCUUUGAAAGAGAACCGCAAACGUUAAUAUCGAUUAAGUGUAAACCUUAUCACGUUGGGAAAACGGCUCUUAUAAUUGGCGACGCAGCACAUGCGAUGGUUCCGUUUUAUGCUCAAGGAAUGAAUGCUGGAUUUGAGGAUGUUUUAUUGCUCGAUGAAUUAAUGGAAUGCUAUAAUUCGGACUUUGCCAAAAUUCUACCGAAAUUUUCGGAAUUACGAUGCGACGAUGGCCAUGCAAUAUGUGAUCUUGCAAUGUAUAAUUAUCUGGAGAUGAGAGAUUUAGUAAUGAGAAAAUCUUUCCUUCUACGAAAAUUCGUGGACAAAAUUUUGUAUACGUUCAUUCCCAAUUCCUGGAUACCGCUUUAUUUCAGCGUGCAUUUUACUCGUAUGAGUUUUCGCGAAUGCAUAGCCCAUAAGGAAUGGCAGGACAAGCUCGAGAAGAUUGCCAUCUGCAAAAUGAAGAAAGGAAACAUAACAAUUUAUAGAGAAUAAAAGAAGAUAAUAUUAAAAAAAUUUAAUAUACACAUAUCAUAACGUAUAUAUUAAAUUAUGAAAUGUAGUGAGAACUUUACCGACUACUACAGGUAAUCGAUUUGGAAUAAGACCAAACAAAUACUGAAAGAAUCCUCUACCCGAAAAAAUAACCGGCGCCAAUCCUACGACAUUGCGAAUAUAGUUCUGAAUACAUUUUAAAGUUGAUCCUUCUAUACUGUACACUUGAUUGUAUAAAUCCAUUUCGUCAAAGGAGAAAACGAGAACUAUGUGAACGGGCAUGCUGAAUUAUGAAAUAUUAGAUUUGAAUCGUGUUCACCAUCACGUGUGCACUAUCAUCGUAGUUUUAUACAUCAAACU